AUGCCUGGACUCGGACGUUGGCGAUCAUCCAUAAACACCAUGUCCGAGUCUGCUAGAAACAACAUUUCGCGCGAGGACGAGGAAGUAGGACCACUAUGGUCGUCGCUCGCCCGUGUACUUGGAGACUCUGAGAAGGCCGUUGUUCUGCACCCUCAAGUCGACUUUACCCCCAGGAUCGGCGUCGAGCAAGACAGCAGCCUCAACAGCGACAUGGACAUCGCUGCUGAUGCGGCAUGUUCGAUAGAAUUAGUCGUCUACUCAAGAAGCCUGGCCCAGGCUUCUCGUUACUUCAAUGCCCUGGUCUUUAGAAAACUUGCAGGGUAUCGCAGCAUGAGCCCGACACCAGGUGGAUCGCCCUUGAAUUCUAAAGUGGCUCGAUCUCCACAUGGACAUGGCUCCUGCGGCGACAAAUGGCUACUGGCCUGGAUUGCAUGGAUGAUUGGUGCCGCCACCCUGUUUGGGAAUUUGGCCAUGCACCUGGCUAGGAGCUGGCAAGCUGCCGGCGGCCGCCUGGACGACGAAGGAGGACUGGUAAACGUCGAGAGGUUUCCCGCGGAAGGGGAUGAACUCGAUGAUGCGGGCUUUACGGAUGAGGUCCUCUUUUGGGGCAAGGCUAACUCCUAUUAG